GCUCCACCAAACAAGCCUUACUUACCCACAUACCUAACCUUUGAGCUUUCAAGUUCUAGUCUUUUUACCUCUGUUGUUUGUUGUAUCUUGUACCCUUGGAAUAACUAGUUUGGCCGUUUAGUUUGGAGUGUUUUAGGGGACUUUCUCUCGUUUCGUAUUAGUUAAGCUCUUCUGAGUUUCAGGGCUUUAAAAGGUUGAAAAUUUCUUAGCUGUUGGUAGUUCUUAGGUGAGUGAGAAAUUAAGGAGCAAGGUUUCUGCUAGUACAUGAAGAGGGUUUAAGGUAGUUCCAUUGUUGAAUCUUGAACAAGGGAUCUGAAGUCUGAACCAUAUUCCUUUGUUCUUGUGGAAGUCAUGGCAUCUGUACUUACGUUCUGUAUUUCGCCUCAUUUUGGUGUAAAUUCAGACUAUAGACCUCGUUUUCGAGUGAGAGCUCAGAGUUUAGGAGGUGGUGAUUUGAAAAUGGUGUCUUCUGAUCAAGUUGUAGUGAAUGGAACAUCUCCUUUGGUUGGAGAGAGAGAGAAAAAUGGUUCUGUGGUUGAUGGUGGGAAUGGAAAGAUGAAGUCUAGAGUUAAGAAAAGAUUGGUGAAAGAUUUGGUUUCUGAACAUUUGGAAGUGUUGUGGGAUGAUGGUUAUGGUACUAAUACUGUGAAAGAUUACCUUGAUGCAUCCGGUGAAAUGAUUAAGCCUGAUGGUGGACCGCCUCGUUGGUUUUGCCCUGUUGAGUGUGGACGUCCAGUAAAGGGUUCUCCUGUUCUUCUGUUUUUGCCUGGGCUUGACGGUGUUGGGAUGGGCCUCAUGUUGCACCAAAAAGCUCUUGGGAAGGUUUUUGAAGUUAGGUGCCUUCAUAUUCCUGUUGAUGAUCGGACACCAUUUGAAGAACUGGUGAAUUUCGUUGAGGAAACUGUAAGGCUUGAGAAUGCCUUGUGCCAAAAUAGGCCAAUCUAUUUGCUUGGAGAUUCCUUUGGUGGUUGCCUAGCACUUGCAGUUGCUGCUCGUAAUCCCAAGAUUGACCUUGUAGUGAUAUUAGCAAAUCCUGCUACAUCGUUUGGCAGGUCCCAGCUACAACCUUUGUUUCCUUUCUUGGAAGCUUUGCCAGAUGGUCUACAUAUCGCUGUUCCUUAUAUUUUGAGCACUGUGAUGGGUGAUCCUGUGAAAAUGGCAACAGUUGGUCUUGGGAAUAGUCUCCCUCCUGGACUGAGAAUUGAACAAUUAUCCAGCAACCUUACGGCUUUGCUUCCUCGUCUUUCUGGUUUAGCUAACAUUAUACCUAGAGAGACUCUUGUUUGGAAAUUAAAAUUGAUCAAGUCAGCUGCUGCUUAUGCUAAUUCCCGUCUCCAUGCUGUUAAAGCUGAAGUACUGCUGCUAUUCAGUGACAAGGAUAACAUGCUUCCAAGUGGAGAUGAGGCUCGACGUCUUAAGGGUUUACUACAGAAUUGCACAGUUCGUUGUUUCAAGGACAACGGGCAUACCCUUUUACUGGAAGACAGCAUUAGUUUGCUUGCUAUUAUUAAAGGUACUGGCAAAUACCGGCGUUCAAAGAGGCAUGACUAUGUCUCAGACUUUGUGCCUCCGAGUAUGUCAGAAUACAGACAUGCUUUUGACCAAGUGGCAGGAUUCUUUCGUUUUGCUACUUCUUCCGUCAUGUUAUCAACCAUGGAAGAUGGAAAGAUAGUAAAAGGUCUUGCAGGCAUACCAGACGAAGGUCCCGUCUUGUUAGUUGGCUACCAUAUGUUAAUGGGGUUUGAAACUGUUUCUCUUGUUGAAGAAUUCUUGAGAGAGAAGAACAUUAUGGUUCGUGGAAUAGCACACCCAGAGCUAUUUUCGAGAAGGCGUGAGGGUUAUUCUAAUGAAUUCUCAUAUUUGGACUGGGUAAAGGUAUUGGGUGCAGUACCUGUCUCAGCAAGCAAUCUUUUCAAAUUGCUGUCUACCAAGUCUCACGUCCUUCUUUAUCCUGGCGGUGCACGAGAGGCCCUCCAUUAUAGGGGUGAACAGUAUAAAUUAUUCUGGCCUAAUCAAUCAGAAUUUGUGAGAAUGGCUGCACGGUUAGGUGCCACAAUUGUGCCUUUUGGUGCAGUAGGAGAAGAUGAUAUAGCAGAAUUGGUUCUUGAUUACAAUGACUUGAUGAAAAUCCCAGUGCUGAAUGACCUUCUUAGGGAGGAAGUGCAGAAAACCCCAAAAAUAAGGGACCAAUCACUUGGAGAAGUUGCCAACCAACAGCUUUUUAUGCCAGGACUACUACCAAAGAUACCAGGGCGCUUCUACUAUCUAUUUGGGAAGCCAAUAAAAUUGGAAGGAAAGGAAGAGUUGCUUAAGAACAAAGAAACGGCAGAUAAGUUAUACUCACACGUGAAGUCUGAAAUUGAAGCAAACAUUGCCUACUUGUUGAAGAAGCGGGAGGAGGAUCCAUACAGGAACAUUGUGGACAGAACAAUGUACAGAGCAUUCUAUGGUUCCUCACCUUUGGUUUCUGAGGACAAAAAUAGGUCUAAAACAAAGGUUGAGCCACUUGGGACAAGCAAUGGCCCUGUUGAGAAAAAUUUGGGUAGGCCUUCAAGCAGCGUUGAGAAGAGCACUGUUGAGAAGAAUUUGGGUAGGCCAAGAAGUCAGGUAACAUGGGCAUCACCACCAGAGGGCUCUUCCACCAAUCCAACAAAUGGUAUCAACACAGCCAUGGAGUACCCAAUGAAAAUUGAAAAACCUUCUUCAUCAGUGAUUAAUACUCCUCCUGCAGGUUCACAAGUUGCGAUGGCGCCGCUCCCGCCAGGAUGGAGAGCAGGUCCAAGGAGAUAUGCCAACUUCAACUUCUCAUAUAGGUACCCAGAAAAUGAAGCUUACACAGCCACCAUUGAUAGCAGCUGGGAGGCUGCAAGGAAACAUGGCGGCUUCCUCUCACGUUCGUACCCAAAAAAUGAAGAUUGCAGUGCCAACUUCAACUUCCCACCUAGUCAAUCAUCGGGUUCCCUUUGCUCACUGGAACCUUGCCCUGCUCCACGCCCCCUUUGCUCACCGCGAGCCAGCCCUGCUCCACACCCCCUUUGCCCACCGCGAACCAGCCCUACGCUCGGAUCCCCUGCUGCUGCACGCUGCGCCUGCGCCCCUGCUCCCUGCUCUGCGCCCAAUCCCGUGAUCCCCUUGCUCUGCGCCCAAUCCCGUGAUCCCCUUGCUCUGCGCCAACCCCUUGCUCUGCACCAAAUCUCCUGCACUCUGCGCACCGGCAAUCAUGCCUCCUGCAUGCCUACACGCCCUACCCCCUGCGCGCCUGCACCCUCGUCUGCCCGAGCCCAGAUCUGCACUCAUCACCCCUCCUCUGCCCGAGCCGAUCUGCACUCAUCACCUCCCCUCUUCCCCAAACCAAUCACCUGUGCCCCAAUCGUGCAAUCCCCGGCUACAACGCAAUCCUGCAACCCAAUCUUGUACCUGCUCUGGUUGUCCGAUUCUCCUUGGCACCUUGUCUCGUUCUUCAGCAAGAUGAAGCUCGGUCCUUUGCUUUGGUGGGUAUAUAUAGAGGGUCUUUGUUAGAAGGCUUGGGGGGAUUUGGCUUGUUUGAAGGUGGUGUGGUGUUGACGGAGGAGAACAUUUUUUUGGAGGUCGACGGCGAUUGAAAAGGAGGCUUAUUUUUCUGUGUCUGUUUCCUGCUUUAGGUAAUUUUCUAAACAGAGGGGUUUUUGGGAAAGAUAGUGAUGGAGACGAAUGGAGCUUGAUCCCGUGGGUGGGAUCCCUCCUUCUAAUCCUGAUCUGUCUUCCCCAAAAUUUUCCGCUUUGUUUGUUUCAAUUUUUUUUUUUUAAAUCUUGAUGUAUUGGAGUUGUAUUGGAUAAUGAUAUUAUGAAUACAAUCAAGCAUGCUCU